UUAUUAAAUAAAUUUUUGAAAAGACAACAACAUUGUUCAUCAACGUAAUCUUAAUUAUCAUGUUAUCAUUAUGUAUUUCAUAUUAUCAUUUCUUGUCUUGAGCUUAGUAAAACAGGUCAGCCACUUUGGAUGAAGCUUUGCUGAAGAAAAUUGCCAACAUACUGCUUCAUUAGCGUUGUGCACCUGUCUUAAGAAGCAUACAUACUUGUAUAACCAAAUAAGUCGUGGUUCGUUGAGCUCUACAACUGUUUAAAAACGCAGUGUCAUUUGCUAAUAUAAAUAUGACUGAUCGGGAAAAAUCUUCACUAGCCACGGUCAUACAUUUUCUACAUAUCAUUUUGGAUAGAAUUUUGGAGUUCGCACUUGGUUGGCUUCUAGGCACUGCUCGUAAUGUACCAAUACCACCAAAUAAAGAACAGGAAGAAUUAUUAUCAACUAGCGCAGUGAAACUUGCUUGUUUAAUCCGUGAACGAAAAUUGCAUUCCUAUGAAGUAGUAAAAGCCUACUAUGAUCGGUUAAUAACCGUAAAUCGUGAAUUAAAUGCUGUAGUGGAUGGUCCAUUCUCCGAAGCUCUAGAAGAGGCGAGAGGAAUUGAUGAACGAUUCAAAAGAGGAGAGAUCACAGAAGAAGAACUUAAUAGAAAACCAUUUCUUGGUGUGCCAUUUACCACCAAAGACAGCACUGAAGUAGCAGGAAAGUUGCAUACGCUAGGAUUAGUAUCUCGUCGUAAUGAACGGAGCCCCAACGAUGCUGAAUGUGUGCGGUUAAUGAAGGAAAGUGGCGCUAUUAUAAUAGCAACAACAAAUGUUCCCGAAGUUAAUAAAUGGAUAGAAACACGAAAUAUGCUGAUUGGCCAAACUAAAAAUCCAUAUGACUACAGACGUUCUGUUGGUGGUUCUUCAGGCGGGGAAGCAGCGUUAAUUAGUGCAUGUUGUACAGCAUUUGGUUUGGGUACAGAUAUUGGUGGCAGUAUACGAAUUCCAGCCUUUAAUUGUGGAAUUUUUGGUCAUAAGCCAACUAAAGGUGUCGUUAACAUGCGAGGCUGCACAUUUCGUAAGGGCGAUGAAGAACAUACUAUGGUAGCCGCUGGACCAAUGACGCGGUAUGCUGAGGACUUAAUUCCUAUAAUGAAAGUACUGAUUGAGCCAAGCCAAACUAAAACUUUACGGUUGGAGGAAUCAGUAAAUCUAAAAAGUCUACGUUAUUUCUACAUACCAUGCAAUAAUAUGUUGCAAUGCAAUCCAAUUGGUGAAGAAGAACAAUCACUCAUGCUUAAGAUAUGUAGCUAUUUUACAAACUUAUCAGGUACCGAGGUGAAAUUAGCUACCUUACCAUACUUAGAAUCAUCGAGCAAAAUGUGGCGUUACUGGAUGACGCAGGAGCCAGCAAAUUUCAAUAAACUUUUAGGUAAUGGAGAGAACUUAAAUCCCUUUUUCGAGCUAUUUAAGAAAUUACUAGGGCGUAGCGAGUUCACAAUGGCUGCAAUUUACUCACUGAUUGACGCCUUACUUCCACCUGAAAGAGAACAAAAGAUGCGAGAAGCAACAAAAAGGUGCAAGAAUGCACUAAAUGAGUUACUUGGCGACGAUGGCGUAUUAUUCUUUCAUAGUUCACCGCGUACUGCACCUUUCCAUUACUAUCCCUUAAUAAAAUUCGCCGAUUUUAGUUAUUUCAGUAUAUUCAAUGUACUGCAUGUGCCAGUUACUCAAGUUCCCAUGGGAUUGGAUUCCAGAGGUAUGCCUAUGGGUAUACAAGUUGUUGCCAACGAAAUGAAUGACAGAUUGUGUUUAAAUGUAGCCAAAGAAUUAGAGCGCGCAUUCGGCGGCUGGGUACGACCAUAUAAACAUAACAACAUGACUAAAUAAUUUAAAUCAUGCAUAUGUGCAUAAAUGCAUACACACUAUGUGCCUAUGCCAUCUGUACGGAUAUACAUACAUUUGUACGUACAUAUUUUCGAGAUUAAAUACUACGUAGCAUUUAAGUUGAAGUAAUAAAAGUCGAUGGUGAAUGUUUUUGAAUUCAA